AUGUUGCUUUUGAUGGCGCGGCGACUGUUGCUUCCUGUUUCUUAUGCAAGGGCCACGUGUGUUGGGUGCUUUUAUGGGGCAAGCAAUGGGCUCGCGCGUCGCCGCGGCCACAAAAUGUCGAGGGUUCGCGGGUUUUACGCUGCCUGUGGCCUGUUUUUUGCCCGCGUGAGCCAGCAUCGAUCAAAAAAGGAGGCUGAGCAAUCGCGCUAUAGUCCUGCCAGCCGAUCUGGGCAGUUUGCACAGGCCAACGGCUGCGUAGGCAAAAGCACACAGCCACUUGAUGAGGCGUCUCUGGCUGCGUAUGCGACCACUGUCGUCGCGCGGCACGCCGCAGCUCAGUGGCCGAUGUGCGUGCGGCGGCGUGACGAUCGACGUGAAAUCAGUAACGCCGUCGCACGCGCCCGCGUACUGCCAUUGCAACACGUGUCGCGCGAUGCACGGCGCGGCGUUCGCGCUCGAAGCCGGCUUCCGAACGGCAGACGUCGUCGUGACCGGUGCGACGGCGUCGUACCGCUCGUCGCGGCACUACGAGCGCAGAAGAUGUGCGACGUGCGGCGCGCCGGUUGGCGGCGUGCACCACAAGCUCGGCGCCGUGUUCGUGCCGACCGCGCUCUUCGCGGCGCCGGGCGCGCCGCCGCCAGAGCCUCUCGCGCCGACGAUGCACUUGUUUUAUGGGCGGCGCAUCGUCGGCGACGCCUUCGACGGCGACGGGCUGCCGAAAUACGAGGGCUUUCCGCCGAGUGAUUGAGCCUUCUUCUCGACGGCUGUUUGUUGUAAGUGGU